CGCAGUACUACCAAAGGGCUUUUUCCUGUUUAUUUCACUGUAGCCCUUUGAGGAAGCCGUAAGUUAACAGGUUUAAUGCGCUGGUUUGGGUUUGGCUUCAAUGCCUUUACUCAGACGUACGUGCAGGAGAAAUCCGGUGAAGAAGACAGCUGCAGCUCUGAGCGGGAAGUUAAAGUGAGUGUUCCUGUGGAGCUGCACAGCCAUGCGCUCAGAGGGAGAAUCAGCGCAAGUUGGAGCCGGACAGCAUCCUUGUUUUUAGAUCAGGAUCAGUGUGUAUACCUGGCUGGUUUCUGUGCGUCCAUCUCCAGCGGGUCCUCUGGUCCUGUCACUGUGGAUACAAGUGGCUGUAAAGAUGCAAUCAUCAGUGAAACGCAUCUUAGCCUUGCUUUCCCAGACAGAAUUGAAUCCUGGGAUCUUCAGAGCAAGAAUGAGGCUCCAUCAUGGAGAAUGGAGAUAAACACCCAGUCAGAGAACUCUGAUCUGAAGUUGCCAUUGGUACCAGGGGGGUACAUAUCCUCUAAAAGUCCAGUUUUCCACUCAUUGUCUUCUCACCUCCAAGCCAAGAGCCUUGCACUGGGUGGAGAGCAUGCUGUCCUCCUCACUGUUGCUGGAGCUGUGUAUACCUGGGGUCAGGGCAGCCACGGCCAGUUGGGACACGGAGGAUUAGUCCCUGAGGAGGAGCCCAGGACGGUGGAGGCUCUGUGGGGAAUGUCUAUGAGGUCUGUGGCUGCAGGAGGUUGGCACUCUAUCUGUAUUGGUGAUGGGGGUGACCUUUAUGUUUGGGGCUGGAAUGAAAGUGGUCAGCUUGGACUUCCAUCGCGAGGUCUGAGGAAGACCUCACAGCAGAAAACGGACCCACAAGAAGCAUUUUUAACAGAACCACCCAGCAAAGUCAGCACAUGUCUGGGUGAAGAGCUACAUGAAGAGGUGUUCAUCUCAAUUCAGGCAUUCCCAGCUCUGGUAGAUGUCAGUCCACCAUGUGAGAUCAGGACUGUCAGUUGUGGCUCCCGGCACACGGCUGCAGUGACGACAACAGGCUGUCUCUACACUUGGGGAUGGGGUGAAUACGGCCAGCUCGGACACCAAACAACCACCAGCUUAGACGAGCCUCAGUGUGUGGAGUUUUUCAGUAGCCAGAACCUGCAUGUUGUUGAUGUAGUUUGUGGGCCUUGGAACACGUUUACUGCAGCUGUCAAGAAGGAAGUACACUGAAAAAUGUCCCAGAAUUCCCCCCGUCAGCUCUGGCAGUGAACUUUGGACUGCAUGCCACAAAUAAAUACCUUUUAUGA